AGUAGCUCUUUGUACUCUGACCUAGUUGUUUCUGUUCUGGUUUGUUCCUUCUUGAAAGGUUUUUUGGAAGAGAUGCAGAAUUUGCUCCAUAAACAGCCAAAGCAGUAUCACCUGCCACGGGAAGGGUUUCCUUUAGGAACUGACCCUGGCACAAGGGGAUUGCCAACACCUGAAAUGCGCAGUCAGAAUGGAUUCCCCAAAACCACAUAUUUCCAGAAAGUGCCUCGAGGAAGCCUCCGUAUGUAGAGAAACCCUACAAGAAGCACACUGCGCUUCCUGGCAACUUGUGAAGCAAAGCUGUCACAAUGGCAGAAAACAAGGACAGCAGUGCUAAAAACGCAGAUGUGAGGCCCAAAAGCAGCCGGAGCAGGAGCGCCGACAGGAAGGACGGGUAUGUCUGGAGUGGGAAGAAGCUUUCCUGGUCCAAAAAGAGCGAGCACUGUCCUGAUGCCGAAACGGCAAGUGCUGGGGGAAGAGCAGGGACUAAUUUAAGGAGCCAAGAGAGGAAAUACAGCUGCUCGUCCAUCGAGCUGGAUCUCGACCGGUCCUGCGGCCACAGGUUUUUGGGCCGCUCUCUCAAGCAGAAGCUCCAAGAUGCUGUGGGCCAGUGCUUUCCCAUAAAGAACUGCAGCAGCCGGCACGCCUCGGGACUGCCAUCCAAAAGGAAAAUCCAUAUCAGUGAGCUGAUGCUGGAUAAGUGUCCUUUCCCCCCGCGCUCGGAGCUGGCGUUCCGGUGGCACUUGAUCAAAAGGCACACGGCCCCUAUAAGUCCGAAAGCGGAAGACUGGAUAAUUGCUGAUCUAUCCCAGCACGAGGAAAGGGAGGAUCAGCGGGGAGACGACGAGGUUGCCAACGGGGGGAUGGACUCUCCCUCCCCGUCCUGCGACUUCACCGACAGCGGCUCCUCCCGGGGUGAGGCCACAGGUAAGGUGACAAGGAGCAGUAGGGAUGAGAGCGACAUGGACUCUGAUGACGAAGUUAUAACUCUGUGCACAAGUUCUAGAAAAAGAAACAAGCCCAAGUGGGAGACGGAUGACGAGCUGCUGCGGAUGGAAACGCCCCCGAAAUACCACACGCAGAUUGAUUAUGUCCACUGCCUCGUCCCAGACCUCCUCCAGAUCAAUAACAAUCCCUGCUACUGGGGAGUCAUGGAUAAAUAUGCAGCUGAGGCGCUGCUGGAAGGAAAGCCAGAGGGGACAUUUUUGCUACGAGAUUCUGCCCAGGAAGACUAUUUGUUUUCCGUGAGCUUCAGGCGCUACAGUCGCUCCCUCCACGCGCGGAUUGAGCAGUGGAACCACAACUUCAGCUUUGAUGCCCACGACCCUUGUGUCUUCCACUCUCCUGACAUCACGGGACUCCUAGAACACUACAAAGAUCCAAGUUCCUGUAUGUUCUUUGAACCGCUUUUGUCCACCCCCCUGAACAGGACUUUCCCUUUCUCCCUUCAGCAUAUAUGCAGAACGGUCAUUUGCAACUGUACCACUUACGAUGGGAUCGAUGCACUUCCCAUUCCUCCCUCAGUGAAGCUGUAUCUGAAGGAAUAUCACUAUAAGUCAAAAGUUAGAGUGCUCAGGAUUGAUGUACCAGAGCAGCAAAGCUAGAAAAUAUUUUUGUGAAAGAAGUUGUCUCCGAAAGAAAUUGUCUCUGAACAGGCAACAGUAUGUUCAGUCUUUUUUUCCUUCUAGGUUUCUUUUUUUUUUUUUAAUAGCAAUUUGAUUAUUUUUUUUCUUUUUCUGCAGAUUAUUUACCACCUGAACUAGUCUCUGUCUAAGGCUCUUUUAUCCCAAUGUACUUUUGAGUCUUCCCAGCUCUCUUUUUUUAGAAAUUAUAUUCAUUGUGGGCUUUUGGUACUGUUCCCAGACUAGAGUUUUAUGGAAUUCCAGGUAGACUUUCUGGUAUUUCUAUAGAUGGAUAGUCGUUAGAUCUGAAAACCCCUAAAAAUCAGUUUUGAACUUGAUCUGUCUUUUCUAUUGUAGUUGACAUGUGUUGCUGACAUGUUUGAAAUAAUGCACUGUUAACUAAAGAUUGACUCAUCUGUAUUUUCUGCAUUUCUUUUAAAAUGGGUGCCCUAACCU